GUACCCCAUAAAUUUUCAGUUAAUUCCUGUUAUUAUUUAAUAAAGCCGCCUAUAUUGUCCUACAAAAGGGCGUGGUUGCCUGGUGUUAACUGAUUAGAUAAAAGUUGCAAGCAUACAACAAAAUGCUAGUCAUCAACACAAUCAGAAAUGCAGCGAAAUUGUCGCUGCGUAACGCUUACAUACGAAAUUGCUUGAGCAACGAAAUUCGAGCAGCAACAAAUUUCACGCGCACUUUCUCGCUGGGUCUGGCGCUGCGGCAACAAGAUGUUGUGAAUGUGACCUUCGUAAGAGCAAACGGCGAGAAAAUAAAGAGUUCAGGCAAGGUGGGAGACUCGCUGCUGGACGUCGUUGUUAACAACAACGUAGAUCUGGACGGCUUUGGUGCCUGCGAGGGCACACUGACCUGUUCCACAUGCCAUUUAAUAUUCAAAGAGGCGGACUAUGAAAAACUGCCGGAAAAGCCAGGAGAUGAGGAAUUGGACAUGCUGGAUUUGGCAUACGACCUAACGGACACCUCCCGAUUGGGUUGCCAAAUUACACUGACCAAGGACAUGGACGGAUUGGAAGUUCAGGUUCCCGCCACAAUAAACGACGCACGCGCAGCGUAAAUGUGUUCCACUGAUCAAGUUUGUUAGAUUUUUUGAGUGCUAUUCGCUAUAGUUAACAUAUUUCAUAGUCCAUUAUU